CAAUACUUAAAAAUCGGUAAAGAAACUAUUUUGGAAGUACAUCCUAUUAUCAGUAUCAGAUCUGAAAUUGAAUUGAUUCGUAAGUUUUAACCUCAUUCUAAGCAAAUAUUUUUCGAAAAGAAUGUCUGUAUAAGCAGUAUGUAUCUUCUUCAACCCUUUCUCUCAUGAAAUGGACAGAACAAGCUGCACUGAAUCUGCAAAACUGGAAGCGUCUUUACAUCAUUUUUCCCCCCUAAAAAUGAAGAGAAUAUCUAAGAUCCGAUCUGUCCUUGCAACAGAACGGGGCCUUGAUCACGAACUUGCCAUCCUUGUCGGCGAUGUGAACUAUCAGGUCGUUGACCUCCAUUGGCACCUCUGCGGACGGCGACGAUGGCGAGAAGGAGAGGCAAUGACUAUGCUUGUGAAGACUAAACCAAGACACAGCAAGGAGGAUGAAUGGGAGCUGAACACAAGAAAAAGACGAGCGAUCGAUUUGGUGAGGUCAGAGGAUAGGAGGAGAGAGAAUCUGACAAUUUUUAACGUUUAAUAUCCCCAGCGUUUCUAAUGAGCGUUGCGCUGAAAACCAUCCAAACAAGAUAUAGCG